AUACCCGGCGCCUUCCUCUUCCCAUCGCCGCGAUUCCUCGCUACCGGUGCCUCCCUCCCACGUCUUCCUUCGCUCCGCUGGUCGCGGGCGCUCCUGGCCGCCGCGCCGCCUCUCAAAGCUACCGCUGCCCUCUCGGACUACGAGGUGUCACGUCCACAGGCUGAUUUUGCAAGAUGACUGCCAGCAACAGUCUGGACCCCCGUUACCAUAUUCUCAUAUGGGAACUUCACUUCCCACCACCUUCCAAAGAGGGCCCUUGGCGUUGAGGUGAUUAACUUCGGCCUGGUCACUUGAAGUAGUAACUAGAACAAUGGAAAUCUGAUAACCUGGGGGCCCCAUCUCAGAACUGAAGAAGUCGGUUUAAAUCCCACCUCACCUGUUUGGCCGCUGCCAUACCUUCACUAAGGGCCAGUGUGGACAUGGCGGAAGUCAGCCACUAUGGGGACUGUAAAGGCCUCCAAGGAUGCCAGUUCUAAAGAGAUGAAUAGAUUAAAGUAAGAAGAACUGAAUCAACAUUUGAAUGUAGCCUUACAUUUCAUAGAGGAAUCUUACUGAUUUGGAGAGAGAAGACAGGCAUUCUAGGAGAGGAGGAGUUUGGAGAACAAUGUGGAAUCAUUGGGCAAAAAGCAAGUAGCCCAGCCCAGCUGGCUGAAGUUGACAGUGCUGAAGUGGAAGAAAAAGUUAGAAAGGUUUUAAAAUGGAAAAUUUUGAUGCAUCACUUAGUACCUAUUUCAAGGCAUUGCUAGGCCCCCGAGAUACCAGAGUAAAAGGAUGGUUUCUUCUGGACAAUUAUAUACCUACUUUUAUCUGCUCUGUCAUAUACUUACUAAUUGUAUGGCUGGGACCAAAAUACAUGAAGAAUAGGCAGCCAUUCUCUUGCCGGAGAAUUUUACUGGUGUAUAACCUUGGCCUCACAUUGCUGUCUCUCUAUAUGUUCUGUGAGUUAGUGACAGGAGUAUGGGAAGGCAGUUACAACUUCUUCUGUCAGGGCACACGCAGCGCAGGAGAAGCAGAUAUGAAGAUUAUCCGUGUCCUCUGGUGGUACUAUUUUUCCAAGCUCAUCGAAUUCAUGGACACCUUCUUCUUCAUCUUGCGGAAGAAUAACCACCAGAUCACGGUCCUGCAUGUCUACCACCAUGCCUCCAUGCUGAACAUCUGGUGGUUUGUGAUGAACUGGGUCCCUUGUGGCCACUCUUAUUUUGGUGCCACACUUAACAGCUUCAUCCACGUCCUCAUGUACUCGUACUACGGUCUGUCAUCUGUCCCUUCCAUGCGCCCAUACCUCUGGUGGAAGAAGUACAUCACUCAGGGCCAGCUGCUUCAGUUUGUGCUGACAAUCAUCCAGACCAGCUGCGGGGUCAUCUGGCCGUGUUCGUUCCCUCUUGGGUGGCUGUACUUCCAGAUCGGAUACAUGAUCUCUCUGAUUGCUUUCUUCACAAACUUCUACAUUCAGACUUACAACAAGAAGGGGGCCUCGCGGAGGAAAGAGCACCUGAAAGACCACCAGAAUGGGUCCGUGGCUGCUGUGAACGGACACACCAACAGCUUUUCUUCCCUGGAAAACCAUGUGAAGCCAAGGAAGCAGCGCAAGGAUUGAAGCGGAAGAGUUGAAGACCUCCAAAACCCAUCGUCUGAUUGUAAGCACAGUAUGAGUUGUGCCCGAUGCUCGUUAACAGCUGCUGUAACUAGUCCGGCCUACAAUAGUGUGACUCAUGUAGGACCUCUUUCAUCAGUUCAAAACCCCUAGAAUACCUAUACAGAUUAUACACGUAGGCAUAAGAUUUUUAACAUUUCUGGGCUCUCACCGACCCUGCGCUAGACUGUGGAGGGCGUAUUAUUGUAGUAUACGACACUGCUGUUGCCUUAUUAGUUAUAACAUGAUAGGUGCUGAAUUGUGAUUCACAAUUUAAAAACACUGUAAUCCAAACUUUUUUUUUUACUGUAGAUCAUGCAUGUGACUGUAAAUUUGUACAAUGUUGUUACAGUAGAAAAACACACAUGCCUUAAAAUUUAAAAAGCAGGGCCCAAAGCUUAUUAAUUUAAAUUAGGAUAUGUCUCAAGUUUUUAUUCAUUUUUAAUAGCUCUGUUUAGAAAAAUCAAAGACCAUGAUUUAUUGAACUAGCGUGUGACACAUAAUGUCAAGUGACUUGUAUAUGUGAAAUCAGAAAUGGCACCUUCAGUUUUAUAAUAUUGGCUUUAAAUCAGGCAGGCUCAAUUCUAGUGGAACAGUCAGUUUAACUUUUUAACAGAUCUUAUUUUUUUAUUUUGAGUGCCACUAUUAAUAAUGUAAAAAGGGAGGGGGGGCUCUAAAGCAGUUUUGAUGAAACCUAAGUAUAUAUUCUUUGUCUUCAAGAUUUUAGGAAGUAUGUAGGGCGAGUGGGACAUUUAAAAUAUCUGAAGUGCUAAGUGUUUUUAUACAGGAAACAACGCCCAUUUUGCUUUCCACUCGUCAGAGGGAGGAUGUACACUUUUCAAAAGAGAUGAUUGAAUAUUUACCAUUUGACGGAAUCCCAUAGAUGAACAAUGGGGAACUAGUUGGCCAGGGUCCAAAUUUGGAUUGAUUCCUGUGCUGCUGUCUGUUUUGACACAAACUUCUUUUAAAAUGUGCCUAGCUUAUUAAAAUGAAUAAACCGGGGGGAAAAGGGACCUUAAAAAAUUUUAAGGUAAAAUUAAACAGAUAGCUAUAGCCUAAGAGAACUGGGAAAUUGGAUAGAGAUAAUUUGUUUAAUGUAAAUCUAAUGGUAUCUGUCAUUUUUUUUUUCUGCUUAGAAUCUAAAGAUUUGUGUAGAACUGCUUAUUUAAAAAUAAGACUGCUUAUCAUAAAAUCAUGUCUAUCACACUUGAGGCAGUGGUCAAACAAAUAAGGACUAUUGUGUGUGUCAUUUUAAAGUGUUGAAAUUUAGUCUCUGAAUAUCUUCUCCAUUCGGGGAAAAAACAGUCAUUGAACCACUCGUGACGCAUCUGAGAAGGUCAUCGACAAUGUAUAAACUAAUUGUUGGUUUGAUAUUUAUGUAAAUAUCAGUUUAUCAUGCUUUAAUUUUGCACAUUCAUAUUAUAGGGAGCUGAGGUUCUCUUCUUAGUCUUGUGGGUUUUCUGUUUGGAAGGAGUCACAGCAUCUGUUUACAUUUACCUUAUCAAAUCUAGAAUGUGUAUAUUUGUAAAUGUGUGUCUUCCUAGGUACUAGUUUGCGAAUGUCUUUACAUAUUUCAAUACAGAAACUAUAACAUUCAAUAGUGUGCUGUCAAAGUGUGCUUUAGCUCACCUGGGUAUAUCCACACUGUUAAAUAAUGUCUGAACAUUAAUCAUUAAAACAUUUUUGAUUACCUG